AUGUUUGAAUUCUUUCCAUUCCAUUGUCAGGACAUUCCUGUCGGAGGGAUCGACGGCUGGUUUAAACUGGAGCCUCGAUCAAGCUCAUCUCGAGUGCAAGGAGACUGUCACCUCAUUUUGACACUGAUCAUGUCACAGAGAGAUACAGAGCUGUGCAAGAUGAUGUGUGGUAUGAGAAUCCAUGAGUUGUUGCUGAGGCAACUGUUGGAGAUGGAGCACUCUGAUUUCCAGGAUGACCAAAACAUCUGGUCUGGCAAACUCAGCAAACAUGCUGUAACCAUUCUAGCCCACCAUGCCAUGCAACUUGACCUCUCACCUCUACAGAAGACAGCUGUUGAGUGGCAGGCAUAUAGCAAGCACUACCAGUUCCGCUUUAUGGACUGUGGUUUCCUUCUCCACCUCCUUGAGGACCUGGAUCAGAGGUUCGAGACUAGUAUUCUUACCAAAGACCAGGAGGAGUUCCUGGGUGACAGUUUUGACCUUUUUAUUGACUACAGCUGGGAGUUGCUCCAGAGGAUGAAGCAGGUCUUUCCCGUCAAUCAUCCAAUGGCAUUACAACAGCUAGAACUGAUGCUGAGGUGUUUAUUGAAGAUUUAUUCCAUGGAAGCCUUUAAAGUGGUCUGUCCUUUACACGACCAGCUCCAUGUGGAGAUUGUUGCCAUGGUGAAGAAAUCCACAUCUGAAUGGUAUAAGAAAAUGUGUGACACCUUCAAACCAAAACUUAAGUCUGAAUUGACUAAACUGAUGAGACUGGUACAACUGGUUGAUGCAGUUUGUACAGAGCUACGUAAAGAUCGAAACAAGUACAACCAAAUAUUUGUCAGUAUUUUGAAGAUUGAUUACUUCAGCAUUGCCUACCAACAGCUGGAGAAACUGGUCGCAGAUGAUGUUCUCAUGCUGAUGGAUGAACUGGGGACAACCAUGGAACAGGAGAGGUCACAAAUGACCCAACAGAUGGGGGAGACUCUGUUUGAGCUGUACUUGUCACUUAAAGAGCUGAAACAAUUCAAGGAGUACCUUCAAUUAAAGGACUCGCAACUUCUGGCACUCACAAAUUUCCACAAUUGGUUUCAGACAUCCAUUAACAAAUGGCUCCAAAUUGUUUACGAAAAGUCGUGUGAACGUAUUACGAGGGCAGUGUCAGUGGAUCAGUUCGAACCUGUUGACACAUUGUCGAAGCACAGCAGUUCGGCUGUCGAUGUAGUGACUUGCUUCACUCAGAUCAAGAGCUUCUGGCUGCAGCUGGCCUGGCCUGACCCCAUGGGGGCAUUUGUCUUUGUAACAAAAAUUACUGACAUGCUGACUGAUCUAUCUGUUGAUGGUGGUUCUACUGAACUGCUGUUGGAAGACCCCACCCAGAAUCCUUUUUAUGCCCUUGCCAUUCUCAAUACAUCCAGUUGGUGUUCAGUAUUAAGGGAUACAGACUCAUCAACUGAAGAGGGUGAAGUAGAUAGUAAUCAGGACCUUAAACCAGAGAAUAUCUUGCUGAGCGAGGACAUGCACAUACGGAUUACCGAUUUUGGAACAGCAAAAGUAUUAUCUUCAGAGAGUACACAAGCACGAGCAAAUUCUUUUGUUGGAACAGCACAGUAUGUUUCACCAGAGCUUCUGACAGAGAAAUCAGCUUGUAAAAGUUCUGACCUCUGGGCUCUUGGCUGUAUUAUAUACCAGCUGGUAGCUGGAUUGCCACCAUUUAGGGCUGGCAAUGAAUAUCUCAUAUUCCAGAAAAUCAUUAAGUUAGAAUAUGAAUUCCCAGAAAAGUUUUUUCCAAAAGCAAAAGAUUUGGUGCAGCAACUUUUGGUGUUCGAACAUACCAAGCGCUUAGGCUGUGAAGAGAUGGGAGGUUAUGGACUCCUCAAGGCCCAUCCGUUCUUCGAGCCAGUUGCUUGGGAGAAUCUGCACCUUCAAAUACCCCCAAAACUCACCGCGUAUCUCCCGGCAAUGUCUGAGGAUGAUGAAGAAUGCUAUGGCAAUUAUGAUGACCUUCUCAGCCAGUUUGGUUGCAUGCAGGUUGCUCCCUCCAGCUCGUCACAUUCACUGUCUACACCUGAGCCUAGCCCUCCCCAGAGGUCAGGCAGCAACAUCGAGCAGUACAUUCAUGACCUCAACGACAAUUCAUUUGAGCUGGAUCUUCAGUUUACAGAUGAGGAUAAGCGGCUGCUGCUUGAGAAACAAGCCAACAGAAAUCCCUGGCAUCAGUUUGUAGAAAACAAUUUGAUCCUAAAGAUGGGCCCAGUUGACAAGAGGAAGGGUCUAUUUGCACGACGCCGACAAUUACUUCUCACUGAGGGCCCCCACCUCUAUUAUGUAGAUCCUGUCAACAAAGUUCUGAAAGGGGAAAUUCCCUGGUCACAGGAGCUGCGUCCAGAAGCCAAGAACUUCAAAACCUUUUUUGUUCAUACUCCAAAUCGGACAUAUUACUUAAUGGAUCCAAGUGGAAAUGCGCACAAAUGGUGCAAGAAGAUCCAGGAAGUGUGGCGACGGCGGUACCAGAACCAACAGAACGCUGGCAUUUAGCACAGUGCAGCUGACAUGAAUGGAGAAGCUUCCCCUCACGCUGCUGGUGCUCCACAGUCAAGAACUUUAGCACAGCAUAAAAAGCCACUCCACCCAUCCCUCCCCAUCUAUUCUUUCCUUUUCUCUCUCCCUAGCUUCAUCCUCCUCCUUUCUCUAUCUCCUUUCCCUCCUUCUUCUCCUUUCCAUUCACAUUGUCCCUUUCCUCCCCAGUUUAAAAAUAAACAGCCUAUAAACAUCCAGAUAAAACUUAUAUGGAGGUUGUGGUGGGGACUGGCUUGCUCCAACCAUUUCUCCUUCCUUCUUUCCAUGUAAAUGGGAUUGUGGGGGUUGCUUUGCCUGCUCUUUGUGCUGCAGGCCUGUUAUAUUGCGGAUAGGAGACCCCUUGCCUCUUUGUGUAAUGUCUGCUCUCGUUCCAGGUUGCUGAAUAAUUGAUGCUUUUAGGGAAAAAAAAAAUGUGCAUUUAUAAACUGCAUCACAGGCAGAUUGCAAAGCUCAAUCGUGUGUGUACCCCGCAACCCCCAUUCCAAUUCAGGCAGCCCUUCAUUUACACUGGGCCUGACCUUUGUGAUAUUACCUUUUUAUUUUUUGUUUUACUUAAAUUAUUCAAGAGCUGUGUACAUUUUCACUUCUGUUCUUGCUCUCUUCUGGCCUCUGACUCCUGCAGCAUUGCUUUCUAAUUUGUACGAAUGCCAAGGGUAUAUAGUGGUACUGAGGAGUCGAUGUGCAUAUAAACAGACCUAAACACAGAAGGAAAUCCCUUAUUUAUGCCUGACUUACUUUACCAGAGUGAAAUUGUAUUGUUCGAACUGUACAGCCCUGUCUUUCAAAGUUGGUUAUAGUUUGUCAAGAUACACACUCGAAACAGAAGAUGAAGUUUUGUAAUUAA